CCCAACUCUUGUCAAAUUGACGUAUCUGUAUGGUUGCCUGCUUGCUAAUGUCGGCAGACGAGGAGAAUUACACCAGUUUAAUGUCUAAGCCAGGCAUUUUAGGACUUUUAGACAAAAUUGAAACCAUCUAUCAGUAGGUUAAAUCAUCCAUCGAUAACAAUUCAGAGGAUACGUGAAGGAUUAUCCCCGGCGUAAAGCAGGAGGGGAUAUUUUUUGUUGUGGUUGUCUACAAAAACGGGCAAAAUUUCGUCGAUACUGUACAGUAUGGGAUGUUUUAAGCCAAAGGGAGGCACGGGAGACGAUCAUGAAGAAGAUAAACUUAGAAAACAAAUUAAUAAACGGAUAGAUGAGGAACUUAAAAAGGAGAAACAAGUAUAUCGAGCCACACAUAGGUUGUUAUUGUUAGGUGCCGGUGAAUCUGGAAAAUCGACGAUUGUGAAACAAAUGAGGAUAUUGCAUGUGAAUGGAUUCUCUGCAGAUGAAAGAAAAAACAAAAUAGAAGAUAUUAAAAAGAAUAUUAGAGAUGCAAUUUUGACAAUAACAGGGGCCAUGGCUACACUUAAUCCUCCCGUUCUUCUAGAAAAUCCAGAUAACCAAUUUCGAGUGGACUACAUGCAAGAUGUUGCCAGUCAAAAAAAUUUUGAAUAUCCCUAUGAAUUCUAUGAGCACACUGAAAUUUUAUGGAAAGAUAAGGGUGUGCAAAACUGUUAUGAAAGAUCUAAUGAAUACCAAUUAAUUGAUUGUGCCCAAUACUUUUUAGACAGAGUUCAUAUAGUGAAACAACCAGAUUACACUCCAACAGAACAGGAUAUAUUACGGUGUAGAGUAUUAACGUCAGGAAUCUUUGAAACAAAAUUUCAAGUGGAAAAAGUUAAUUUUCAUAUGUUUGAUGUGGGAGGCCAGAGAGAUGAAAGAAGAAAAUGGAUUCAGUGUUUUAACGAUGUUACAGCUAUCAUUUUUGUCACAGCCUGCAGUAGUUAUAACCUUGUUUUAAGAGAGGAUGCUACUACAAAUAGACUCAGAGAGUCAUUAAACCUUUUCCAAAGUAUUUGGAAUAACAGGUGGCUACGAACAAUCUCCAUUAUAUUAUUUUUAAACAAACAAGACCUUCUAGCUGAAAAAAUUAAGGCUGGCAAAUCAAAGCUUGAAGAUUAUUUCCCAGACUUUAAACGAUACCAAAUACCUAAUGAUGCUUGUGUAGAUCCAGGGGAAGACGCAGAGGUUGUUAGAGCAAAAUAUUUCAUACGUGAUGAAUUUUUGAGAAUAAGUAUGCCACCUGAUGAAGGUAAACAUGGCGGCCACCACAAUCCAGUCCAUCAUUGCUAUCCACAUUUCACAUGUGCCGUGGAUACAGAAAAUAUAAAACGGGUGUUUCGGGACUGUCGAGACAUAAUUCAGCGGAUUCAUCUCCAUCAAUAUCAGUUGUUAUGAAAUUCAUAUGAUGGUGACCAAACUGUUUAUUCAACCUUAAUAUAAUGAACUAUGAUGACAGAAAGGUACACAAAACAUGAUGGACUGAUAGAGUGAACCUUUUACAUUGUUUCAAUAUUGUGCUUUACAUGAUUGACAAAUAAUCUUACAACCAAAACCAUACAUACAUGUGACCAAUUUUACAAUUAAGUCAUUAUUUUUAAAUCUGUUUUUAUAGUUGUUUAAAUCUGCGUCAUGGUGGAUUGUUGCCUAAUUAGCAGUCAUGGAUUUUUCAUAAGUCUGUUUUUUUAAGUCGAAUAAAUUGUUGGUCAUAAAAAAAACAUGACCCCCCUUUCAGAAGAUGAACGGUGGGUGCCUAAACUAGUGGCUAAAAUGGUUAAAAAGAUGUAAGGCUUUGGUUGUAGAGCGAAUAUUUGUUUUGAUGCAUACUUUAAAAGGUUAUAUGUUGAUGCUAUUUAUAAUAUAAACUAAAUAGAGGGCUAACAGAAUUUAUAUGACAUUCCUCUAUAAAGACCUGUAGUUCAAAAUAAAAUCCUGAAUAAGGCAGAAGUAAUUCACAAAAUCAUGAAAAUAUAAUCUGUAAAUAUUUUGUUUUAGUCAGGAUAUGUGCUGUAUAGACACUUAACGGUUUUAUGGUUAAAUCCUUUAGCAAUGAUUGUCAUUGUUAGAUUAUGCUUGAAAAAUUGUAAAAUUGUUCAAUUUUCAUAGAUAUGUACGAAUUUCGAAACUUGUUCUUAUAUUAAGAAAAUCUCCACAUCAUUUAUUAACGAAUUUCUCCAUAAUAUUUAUUAACUUUUAAGAAAGUUGACAUGCAAUUGUUAUAAAUGGUUUGAAGAAUGGAAUGCAGAUUAAUCCAGAGUGCUAUCUAUUUUUAACAAAAAAUGAUAAUUCUCCAGAUUUACAAACAAUUUAUAUUUUGCGCUUGUUUAUUAUAUGUAAUGCAUUUUGUAUGGAUGUAUCUGCAAGUAAAAGUGUUCAAGUGUUAAGAUGAUUUAUAUGACAUAAGGCCAAGCCAAAUUAAAUUGCUGAUCUCUAGACUUAAUAACGCCUACAGUUUCUAGAUAAAAAUUUAAAUAGAAUUCUUUCAAAUUUUAUGUUGUUUUUUUAAAGUUAAAUCUAGAAGUUGCAGGUAAUAAAGUAGCUGUUCGCUUCCUAAAAAGAUCCUACAUCAAGUUGAAUGACAUAUGUAUUUGCUGUAAGUCUGUUCAUUAAUUAUUUGUAAAUUUAGAAAAGAGAAAUUGAAGUAAAGAUACUCCUUGAAUUUAAAAGAAAAAACUCUAGAGAACAACACGUUAUAUUUGUGUGGUCUGUUAGUGUAUAUCAUGGGUCUUAUGAAUAUUAAUGCAUUUUUCAAAAGAAAUUAAGAGAUGUAGCAACCUGAAAAAAAACAUAUUUUUUACCAUACAACAAAAAUUGUUGUGAAUACAAACUUGUGAUACAAUUUAUUUCUCCAGGAACAAUUGUGAAUUAACUGUUUUUAAGAGGUGCAAAACCUUUUUUUUUUAAACUAGUUUGUUAAAAGUUAACUUUUAAUAACAAAACUUAGUACCUUUUUAAAAAAAUCUCAAUGAUGUUUAAUUAUCAAACAUAUCCUUUUUUCAAAACAAGUGUUUAAACUUUCAAUACAAAACUUUACACCAUUUAUAAAAAAAAUGCUUUUUGGAACGGAACUUCCAGUUCUCAGGCUGUAACAUCUCUUUCAUGUUAUGCAAUGCAAGUCCUAGAUUGUUUCUCACUAGGUGCUGUUAUAUUUAUCAAGCUUUGUAUGUCGAAAGAAGUACACGUGUCUUAUUUGACAGUAGUCCGUCUUGUAAUGUGUAUUUUUUUAAAAUUUUAACAAAACAAUUCGUAGUUAUACACAGAUGUGGAUUCAAGAAUUGAGGGGUGGAUUGAAAACCCUCAAGAGGUUGUUUCAGUUUUUAGUUAGCCUGAUUUAAUCAUUUCAGUUUAUUUGAAAUGAAAGACUUAAAACUUUCAAUAAAAAUGGAAAAGAGGGCAGUUUUCCUCUGAUAACUGUACUGUUAAUUCAAAUAAUUUAAUAUAUGUUUUUUGCUCUUCAGAAUUUUAAAAUAUAAGAUGUGACAAACACUGUUGUGGAUUCAUUUAUUUUCGUAGUUACAAAUUUUAGUGGAUUAAGGAAAAAUUAUUUUCAUGGAAACAUGAAUUCAUAGUUUUAACAAAUUCUGCACUCAAGUUUAUGGAAAAUUGGUAUUUUGUUGGAACACUUGAAUCCAUAGUUUACUUAAACAUAAGAAAUCCACAAAAAUUAGUAAUCCACCAAUAUUAAUGAUCCAAAGUAUUAUCAUUUAGCAAUUUUAUUGUCCAGGGUAUAUCCUCAUGCACAUAUAUUGUAUAUUGUAUAAAUGUAACAUUUAGAGAUUUCUUAUGUAGAAUUUUUGUGGUCACACAAAAUAUUAUUAGAAAAGUUAUUUAUAUGAAAAUAAGAAAUAACCAGUGCUUUAAAUAUUUUUUCUUCUUGAAGAAAACAUGUAGAAUAAGUAGUAAGAAAUAAAAGAGAGUUAUUUCUG